AGCCCCCAGCCGGCCACCUCCUCCUCCGCCUCCUCGCCGCCGCCGCCUCCUCCGGGCGCUGCCAGCGGACGCUGCCUUGCAACAUGCCGAGGAGGAAACAGCAAGCGCCCCGGCGCGCAGCAGCUUACGUUUCGGAUGAACUGAAGGCAGCAGCAAUGGCAGAAGAUGACCUAGAACCCGACGACAACGUGGUCGAUGGAGAACCUUCUGCCAAAUACGCCUGUCCGGAGAAGGACUUCACUAAGAACUGCCAGAGCUACCAGAACUCUCCAGCUGCCGAGUUUUCCAGCCAUGAGAUGGACAGUGAGUCGCACAUCAGCGAAACCAGUGAUCGCAUGGCCGACUUUGAAAGCAGCUCCAUCAAGAAUGAGGAGGAGAGCAAAGAGGUCUCCAUCCAGCUGGAGGAGUCUGUUGUCUCGGACAGCUUGGAGCAGAUGAAAGCUGUCUACAAUAACUUCCUCUCCAACUCCUACUGGUCCAACCUGAACUUGAAUCUCCACCAGCCAACCUCUGAGAAGAACAAUGGGAGUAGCAGCAGCAGUAGCAGUAGCAGCAGCAGCUGUGGGAGCGGCAGCUUUGACUGGCAUCAGACAGCCAUGGCAAAGACACUGCAGCAGGUCUCGCAGAACAGGAUCCUUCCUGAGCCUAGCCUUUUUAGCACAGUCCAGUUGUAUAGACAAAGCAGCAAACUUUAUGGCUCCAUAUUUACUGCCAGUAAAUUCCGCUGUAAAGACUGCAGCGCUGCCUAUGACACAUUAGUGGAAUUAACGGUGCACAUGAAUGAAACAGGACAUUACCGGGAUGACAACCACGAAACAGAUAACAAUAACCCCAAAAGGUGGUCCAAGCCUCGUAAGCGCUCUUUGCUCGAAAUGGAAGGGAAAGAAGAUGCUCAGAAAGUCUUAAAGUGUAUGUACUGUGGCCAUUCAUUUGAGUCGCUUCAAGACUUGAGUGUGCACAUGAUCAAAACAAAACAUUACCAAAAAGUGCCUCUGAAGGAACCCGUAACCCCUGUAGCAGCAAAAAUAAUCCCAGCCCCAAGAAAGAAAACAUCAUUGGAGCUAGAACUUCCAAGUUCUCCAGACUCCACUGGUGGGACACCAAAAGCAACAAUCUCUGAUGCCAGUGAUGCACUUCAAAAGAAUUCCAAUCCUUACAUCACACCGAAUAAUCGCUAUGGACACCAGAACGGUGCCAGCUAUGCUUGGCAUUUUGAAGCAAGGAAAUCUCAAAUUCUUAAGUGCAUGGAAUGUGGGAGUUCCCAUGAUACUUUGCAGGAGCUCACUGCCCACAUGAUGGUGACAGGACAUUUCAUUAAGGUCACCAAUUCUGCCAUGAAGAAAGGGAAGCCUAUCAUAGAGGCCCCUGUCACGCCAACGAUCACGGCUUUGCUUGAUGAGAAAGUACAGUCUGUGCCCCUGGCAGCCACCACCUUCACGUCUCCUUCCAAUACACCCUCUAGCAUCUCCCCAAAAUUAAACAUGGAGGUAAAGAAAGAAGUUGAUAAGGACAGAAUCAUUGCUGAUGAGAAGAUGAAAGACAAGGAAAAAUCAAGUGAGGAUGAGGAAAAAUAUGAUAUCUCCUCAAAAUAUCAUUAUUUGACUGAAAAUGACUUGGAAGAGAGUCCCAAAGGGGGACUGGAUAUCUUGAAAUCUUUAGAAAACACGGUCACGUCAGCUAUUAACAAAGCCCAGAAUGGCACACCCAGUUGGGGUGGCUAUCCCAGUAUUCAUGCUGCCUACCAGCUGCCCAACAUGAUGAAGUUGUCCCUAGGUUCGUCGGGGAAAAGUACUCCUUUGAAGCCGAUGUUUGGAAAUGCUGAAAUAGUAUCACCAACGAAAAGCCAACCUUUGGUGUCCCCGCCCAGCAGUCAGACGUCCCCUGUGCCAAAAACCAACUUCCAUGCCAUGGAAGAGCUGGUCAAGAAAGUAACCGAGAAAGUGGCCAAAGUUGAAGAGAAAAUGAAGGAGCCCGAAGCAGGGAAGCUAUCUCCGAUGAAGAGAGCGACACCUUCUCCAUGUAGCAGUGAAGUCAGCGAGUCCCUCAAGAUGGACACUUCCAAUGACAUUGGGUUCAAAAGCCAACAGAAUAGCCCUGUUUCGCAGAGGGAGAGCUGCAAGGACAGCCCAACAGGUGAACCAGUGGAAAAUGGUAAGGAGCUUGUCAAGACCAUCACAAGUUCCUUGAGCAGCAGCACAGCUAUUAUCACCGACCACCCUCCAGAGCAGCCAUUUGUAAACCCAUUAAGUGCAUUGCAGUCUGUCAUGAAUAUUCAUCUUGGAAAGGCAGCUAAGCCUUCCUUGCCUGCCCUUGACCCAAUGAGCAUGCUUUUUAAAAUGAGCAACAGCCUAGCAGAAAAGGCAGCUGUGGCCACCCCACCUCUGCAGUCCAAGAAGCCAGACCACUUAGACCGUUAUUUUUAUCACAUCAACAAUGACCAGCCCAUAGAUUUGACGAAAGGGAAGAGUGACAAAAGCUGCUCUUUGGGUUCAGCGCUUUUGUCAUCCACAUCGGUGUCUUCAGCAUCCUCUUCAUCUACAGUGACAACGGCAAAGACAUCUGCAGUUGUGUCAUUCAUGUCAAACUCGCCGCUACGCGAGAAUGCCUUGUCAGAUAUCUCUGAUAUGCUGAAGAACCUGACAGAAAGUCACACAUCAAAAUCCUCCACGCCUUCCAGCAUCUCUGAGAAAUCUGACAUUGACGGGACUACAAUAGAGGAACCGGAAGAGGCGACCCCGGCUCAGAAGAGGAAGGGGCGCCAGUCCAACUGGAACCCUCAGCAUUUGCUCAUUCUUCAGGCACAGUUUGCAGCCAGCUUGCGGCAGACAUCGGAGGGGAAAUACAUCAUGUCGGACUUGAGCCCACAGGAGAGGAUGCACAUUUCCAGGUUUACGGGGCUCUCAAUGACCACUAUUAGCCACUGGCUGGCCAAUGUGAAAUACCAGCUCCGAAGGACAGGGGGGACAAAGUUCCUUAAAAAUUUGGACACUGGGCACCCGGUGUUCUUUUGCAAUGACUGUGCUUCCCAAAUCAGAACUCCUUCGACGUACAUCAGUCACCUUGAAUCACAUCUAGGUUUUAGGCUACGAGACUUGUCCAAACUGUCCAGUGAACAGAUUAACAAUCAGAUAGCACAAACAAAGCCGCCCUCUGAGAAACUGUUGGCACCUUCGCCGGAGGAAGAAAUAGGGACCUCCUACCAGUGUAAACUUUGCAACAGGACUUUUGCAAGCAAGCAUGCCGUUAAGCUCCAUCUCAGUAAAACACACGGGAAGUCUCCAGAGGACCAUCUUCUCUAUGUGUGUGAAUUGGAAAAGCAGUAGCAUUUGCUUUUGACACACACCCAAACUACAACGACAAUUGUACUUGGCUUUGAGGAAAACUGUCCAAAACAAACAAACAAAAAAACCCGCCUUAAAGCUCCCCUUUUGGUUUCUGUUCUUGGCACAUAAUUUUUACUUUAACUCUGGGGUGUCACUCUUGGCCUGAACGACUUCUCUCUUUCGUUGUAUAACUGUACAGUGUUUAAUAGAGGUGCAUAAUCAGCUGUUGUUACUGGUAAAAUAUGAAGGUUAAAACGCAGUCGUAAGUGUUUGGAACUUUGUGUAAAUUGGGGUUUAGUUGCUGUGCAUCCCUCCGAUGCCUUGAGCUGCAUGCAUUAACAAGACAGUUUAAUUAAGCAUUUAUUAACUAAUUCUAGUGCACUUUUUCCAUGGUGAUUCAAGUGUGCUGGUCGUUCUCACCCUGUAAAUUUUUAGCCCUCUGAGUACUUUGAAGCACUUUUGGAUUAAUUUGGUUUUUUAAAAAUAAUAAUUAUUAUUAUUAUAUUAAUGAAGUAUGUAUAUGUUUUCCUUUUUUACAACAACAACAACCCCCUUACAGCUGAGGAGACAUUCAAGCAACUCUAAGAAUGGGCUUGAACAAGACGUGCCACAGUCCAUUAGUUGGUUGUGCAUCUGGCUGGUUAAUGUUUGAAGGAGAGGAUUCACCCUGAGAAUGCAGACCAGCUUCUCCUGUGUGAGUUUCCCUUUGGCUGUUGCAUGGAAUUGCUACCAGCUUUAUGCGCAAGUUGCUUGAGCAGCUAGGUGGUGGCAUUUCCCGUGAUGUCCAAAAUCACUUCUGUUUCAGGGAUCUGAUACCUUGUUUCAGCACUUCCAAUAUCCAUAGUCCAGAUUGUUCAGCCUGUCUUUGCCCAGACUGGCCUUUCUUCCCUUAGUUCUUAUGGCUGGUGUGGACCAGCAGUCCUCCCAGCUUGGCUUUGUGUGAUGUUUGCUUGAACUUUCCACAGGCAGCAACUGAUGGAGUGGCACUGCUAUGCUGCUCACCUCACCUCCACCCAACUGAGUUGCUAAAGCAUAUCGGGAUGGAGUGGAGAAGGGGCAAAUGGGUGGCAAGUUCAGUGUGGUGCAAACAGGCUGCAAGAGCCCUGGAUUCGCUCUGCCACGUUUACACUGCACUGAUCUGACCACCACCACCAAGGCCCUCCUCUUCUCUGUCCCAGUGUGGUGCUGAGACUCAGUUGGGCAGAAGUCGGAGCAGCAGUGGAGCCCUGCCACACUACCUGCUGUUAUCCACAAAGAGAGCUACUUUUCUUUCUCUGGGACGUGUCUUGUGAAUCUGGUUGUAGGCUACCGUGCCAAAUGGGGACCAUAGGAUGCUCCUUCUGGAUAUGCCUUUUGUUGGAAUUAUCUAUCGCAUCCCCCACAACUGCAGGGGUGGCACCCAUCGUGAACUUUCAGGCUAUAUUAUUUUCACAUUGAAACGUCGAUGUAUAUAUAUAUAUUGUACAGAUUUCAGAAUCCUCAUAUGGAAAAUGUGAUUGUGGACAAUGCCAUUUCUUCUUCUUCAACGUUUUUAUCAAGGGUGAAUUUUUUUGUACCUAAUAUGCUCCGAGUAUAAGUGGUACCUAUAAAUAUAUAAAUAUAUAUAUAAAUAUAUAAAAUAAUAUUGUAUAUUUCUUUUCUAGGUCAAAAGGUUUUCUUUUAACAUCUGAAUAAUGUAAAUUAUAUGAAAAGAUACACUCGAUAGCAUUUAUAAAGUGUUCAAAAAAGAGAAAAACAUUAUUCUUGAAGCAAAGUAUGGUUGUUUUCCUUUUGCUAUACAGUACAUCUAUAUUGAUAGAGGUUCAUGUUUAAAUUAUACAUAUUUAUUCGUUGUUUGCUACCUUUUUUAAAAGAAAGAAAGAAGAAGCAUUCUGAUAAACGAAGCCACGGACUGGCGUGCAUUACACCUAAUUUUGCACAACAUGAAUUUUAAAGGUAUUUAUUAGUAAAAUGAAUAAUAAUAAUAAAAAUUCAAAAGCGAAAAAAUUCAAAAUCAACUCAGUGCUCAAAGGGUUAAAUCUAUUUGGGGGUGGGAGAAUUGAAGGGGGGAAAAAACCUUGUACUGUAUUUCAUAAACAUUGAUAAAAAAAGCCUUUAAAAUGUUUGUACUGUAAUACUUUGCUAAAAAGUUACGAGGCAUUCUGUGAUAUACCCUCUUCCACUUAUUUAUAUGCACUCUUGGUUGUGUUAUUUCCUAUCGUAGAAUGCCUUUCCACCUCUCUCUCUCUCUCUCUCUCUCUCUCCCUCCCUCCCUCCCUCCCUCUCUCUCUCUCUUCUUUUCAGUUGGUAACUUUCUGUUUUGUUCUCCCUAAUUAUUCUCCCAAGAUUUCAUACUGCAGUUUUAUCUUUAGGCAUAUGAAAGGUAACCCGUGGUUACCAGCACACUAAGUGAUUCUGUUCGUCUCCAUUUUUGGCAGUUAAUUUGCAGAAGUAACUGACAGCUGACACCAUAUGAGAAUCUAUGUGUACAAUAUUGGCAUGUAAACAGCACAGACCCAGAAUCGCACCCUCUGUGCCCCCUCUUCUGUUGUUGACAAUGUGGCACCAUUAUAUGACUCUUCAUAUAACCUUCUUUCUUUUCUUUUCUUUUUUCUACAGCCGCAUUAAAAUUGUCUUUUUUGCUAUAA